AGUUUGAAAUUAAAGAAUACCUACUUGAUUUCACACUCACACCUAACACAAACUCACCUUUAUCCUCUUGUAUUCUUGUCCUCACAAUAUCCUAUUCUUGCCUUAAUAUGCAUCACAAACAAAAGUAGUCACAUUGUAGCCAUUUCAGUGUUGAACAACAAAAAAUGGAAAAUCAAGAACCAAGUAAACGGCCUACUGUGGUGAUCGUAUCAGGUCCUUUUCAGGGACACCUCAGUCCCAUGCUCGACCUGGGAAAUGUCCUUUAUUCCAAGGGAUUUGGAGUCAUAUUCGCGCACACUGUCUUCAACGCUCCUGAUCCGUCUAAGCAACCAGAUUUGAUCUUCUUGCCAAUGCAAGAGAACUUGGCUGACCACCAGAUCUUACCAGGGGAUAUUAUUGCCCUUGUAAAUAUUCUUAACAAGAAUUGCGAAGAGCCACUGAAGAAAGGCUUGUCAGAGAUCAUGAAUCGACUGGAGCCAGAAAAUCAAGUCGUGUGCAUUAUAUGUGACAUGUUUAUGUACUUCUCCGAAUCUGUGGCUAGAGAUCUGAAGCUACAAUGCAUGAUUUUUCGAACAAGUAGUGCUUCGUCUGCUUUAGCUUACCAUGCUCUUUCUAGAUUACAAACAGAAGGUUAUAUUCCUCGCAAAGACUCAGCAUUGGAUGACGUGGUGCCAGGGCUUCCACUUCUAAGGUUUAGAGAUAUACCGACAGCGGAUAUGGGAACUUUACAAGAUGCCAUAGACCUUACAGAUAACAUAUGCAACACAAGAACUUCAUCAGCAAUCAUCUGCAACACGGUUGAUUAUCUAGAACCAGAUGAGAUAGUUCAGUUCCAACACAUUUAUCCGGUCCAUUACUUUCCUAUAGGCCCUUUACACAUGAUAGCUCCAACCUCAUCUAGCAGCUUGCUAGAGGCAGAUACAAACUGCUUAAUAUGGCUAGACAAACAGGCUCCGCGCUCAGUUAUCUAUGUUAGCGUAGGGAGUCUAGCAAUAUUGGAGAAGGAAGAGCUAGCGGAGAUGGCAUGGGGGCUGGCCAGCAGCAAUCAUCCCUUCUUGUGGGUCGUGAGGUCAGAUGCAGUUCCAGAAUCCGAAUGGGCAGACCUGAUCCCGGAAGGUUUUAUGGAGACAGUUGGAGAAAGAGGAUGUAUCGUGAAGUGGGCUCCUCAAAAGGAAGUCUUGGGACAUAAUGCAGUGGGAGGGUUUUGGAGCCAUUGUGGCUGGAAUUCUACACUGGAAAGUAUUAGUGCAGGGGUACCAAUGAUUUGCUGGCCUUGUUUUUCAGACCAAAAGGUGAAUUCAAGGUAUUUGAGCCAUGUUUGGAAGGUUGGACUAGAAUUGGAUCAUAAGUUAGAAAGAGGGGUCAUAAAAGAAUCUAUGCAAAGACUAAUGGCGGGUAAAGAAGGUGAGGAAAUCAGAGUUAGAGCAAAUGAUAUGCAACAUAAGAUGAAGAUGAGUGUGAGUGAGGGUGGAUUGUCAUAUGCUUCAUUAAGUGAUUUAGUAGAUUUUAUUUUGUCAUUUUAAGUUGCCAUGAGCAGC